GCUGCUGAGCGGAGAGGUUCCUAUAAGGUGUCAGGACGUCACUGUCUAUUUCUCCAUGGAGGAGUGGGAGUAUUUAGAAGAACACAAGGAUCUGUACAAGCACGUCAUAAUGGAGAAUCCCCAGUCCCUCACAUCACCGGAUGGAUCCAGUCCGAGAAAUCCACCAGAGAGAUGUCCCAGUCCUCUGUAUUUCCAGGACUGUCCAGAGGAGAAACCAAAUGUCCCACUGGAUCAUCAGGAAAUUUCUGGUGAAAUGACAAGUGGACUCGAAGACCCCGGAUCAGUGUCUGUGAAAGGUGAGGAUGAGACAAGAGACUCCCAUGAACAUCUCCUUUUAUCUGAAGAAGUAGAAGAUAACAAUGUCACACAAGCUAAUUCCAUAAAUGCUAAUGUACCCUUAGACCUUCACAGUGGAGAUCUAUCCACCACUACCAUUGGUCACAAGAAUCUUUUGUCUAAUCAAUCACUGAGUCAAUCACAGAAUCAGUCUAAACAAUCUGUGCAUGAAAUAAUUGACAGAGAUAAAAGACCACUUUCAGGUUCAGAAUGUGAAAAGUAUUUUAGUCAGAAAUCAAAACUUAUGAAGCAUCAAAGAGUUCAUACAGGGGAGAAGCCAUUUCCAUGCUCACAAUGUGGGAAAUGCUUUAGUCAGAAAUGGGGUCUUGUUGAACAUCAAAUAACAUUUCACAAUAGGGAGAAGCCAUUUUCGUGUCCGGAAUGUGGGAAAUGUUUUGCAAAGAAUUCACAUGUUGUGAAACAUCUAAAAACUCACACAGGGGAGAAGCCAUUUCCAUGUUUAGAAUGUGGGAAAUGUUUUAGUCAGAAAUCACAUGUUGUGGAACAUUUAAGAAUUCACACAGGGGAGAAGCCAUAUUCAUGUCCCGAUUGUGGGAAAUGUUUUAGUCUGAAAUGGUAUCUUGUUAAUCAUCAGAGAACUCAUACAGGGGAGAAGCCAUUUUCAUGUUCAGAAUGUGGGAAAUGUUUUGGUCAGAAAUCAGCUCUUGUUACUCAUCAAAGAUCUCACACCAAGAAGAAGCCAUUUUCAUGUUCAGAAUGUGGGAAAUGUUUCGGCUAUAAACCGGAUCUGGUUGAACAUCAAAGAACUCACACAGGGGAGAAACCUUUUUCAUGUCCUGAAUGUGAGAAAUGUUUUAGUCAGAAAAGAAAUCUUGUGAAACAUCGAAGAAUCCACACAGGGGAGAAGCCAUUUUCAUGUUUAGAAUGUGGGAAAUGUUUUAGACUCAAGUCGAUUCUUCUUUACCAUCAGAGAACUCACACAGGGGAGCAGCCAUUUUCAUGUCCUGAAUGUGGAAAAUGUUUUGGCCAGAAAUCAAGCUAUGUAGAACAUCGAAAAAUUCACACAGGGGAGAAGCCAUUUUCAUGUUCAGAAUGUGGGAAAUGUUUUGGUCGGAAAUCCGUUCUUGCUGAACAUCAGAGAACUCACACAGGGGAGAACCUAUAUUAAUGUGCUAAUGUGGGAGAUAUGUUAGACAGAAAUCAAAUGUUAGAAAAUAUCUAAAAGUUUACACAGGAGAGAGGCCAUUUUAAUGUUCUGAAUUUGCAAAACUUUUUACACACAGAGCAGGUUUUGCUAAACAUUGAAGAACUUGCACAGGUGCAACUUAAGAACUGUUGCAGGUGUUUGGCUUUAUUUUAAGACCUGCUGCCUAAGGAUGCCUUCUGUUGUAAAAAUAUUCUCCUUGUGGUAUAGCAGAACUGUAUAGGCAGAUGUCCCCAGAAAACCAGAGUCACGCUAUUACAACACUGAUCGUGUAGACACUGCCAUUAUGCCCGCAUGAUCAGUACUGUGGCUGUAACACAUACAACGAUUUCAGGAAGUCUUCAGAUCCUUUCAUUUAUUUUUAUUUCAUUAUGCUGUGGCCUUGUGCUAAAAUUAAAAAGAAAUCAAGUUGUUUCCCGUCAUUCUGCACUCCAUAACCCAUAAUGACAAAGUGAAAACAGAAUGUUAGAAAUUUUAGCUAACUUAUUGAAAAGGAAAAGCUAAAAUCUUGCAUUGAUAUAAGUAUUCAGACCCUUUACGCAGGA